CGGUUGCACCAGCAGCAGCAUCUCUUAGUGAGCAAGUGGAGAAGGGAAGGUUGCCAAGAGAUUAUUUAAAAGCCUGAGCCGAGGAAGAGGGGGAGGACACAGCUCCAUGCCUCGCUGGAUGCCGAGUGGACAAAGCUACUGAAGGGUCGAGUGGGAGCUGCAUACACGACUGUGUGGCCCCUGUACACGGCAGGGAGUGAGAGAGCACGUGGGCCACCCAAGCUGCAGCUGCUCCCGGGCCUUGCUGCAGAGGUGCAGCCAUCUCCUUGGCAACAGCAAGGAGACCUUCUUAGAGACGAGCCCCAGGAUGGGAAGCAGCACCUUUCCGGAUGCUGGCAAGGUAGUGAGGGCGUGUAGCUUCUUGCCUCCAAGGAUGGCCUCGCUCUGAUACAGGAUCCUUUCACCUCCUCCUGACAUAAAGCAGCCGAAGUUCACACCAAGGAGUAAAGGAGGGCAUGAUGUUCAUGUUUUGCAUCCCUUUCCUCUCCCCUCUUCCCCACCCUCUCUGAAGGGAAGCUACUACGGUGGAGAUGACAGCCUAAUUUCCUGUGGAAAAAGAAAUUUGUGGGAACAUCUGUCCUAACCUUAAACAGGGAGGGAGUCUCUACUCAUAACAGCCAUGGACUGCUUUUGUUCUACAGCCAAAGCUUUGGAGUUCCAAAAAAGCUGGGGUUUGGGGUUGUGGAUGCAGGAAAAGCCUAAAGGAACUGGAAGUCCAAUGCGGUACCACUAUCUGUAAUUGUUGAAUUACCACAACAAAGCGAGUCUCUGCAAUUUCCAGAGAACUCUUGACAGUGCCCUGUGGAAGCUUUGAGGAGCUGAACCUCUUGCCAUCUGCGACCUCUUCACUUAGAGUGUGCUCUAUGCUCUCUUUCUGCUGUUACAGAGACUGUGGACAGUGUACUGUCAGUACCAACCAGGCAGGUGGGCAGCCUCUCAAGGUGCAGCCGCCUUUGCCCCGGUGACCCUUCCCACCUCCCCUUUCCUCUCAUGCCCACCAUGAAGUUUUCCUUGCGCUUCUGGUUCCUGUCCACCGCUUUUCUGCUGGUUUUCAUCAUGUCCCUCCUCUUCACAUACUCCCACCACAGCAUCGCCUACCUGGACUCCAACGGGUUCAAUGACAUCCAUCGGGUGAAGUUGGUGCCGGGCUAUGCCGGCAUGCAGCGCCUCAGCAAGGAGGGGCUCUUUAUGAGGGGCUGCUCCUGCCACAGGUGCGUGGUAGAGCCAGCCAAUUCAGAGUGGUUUGACAGCCGCUAUGACAAGCGCAUAUCUCCGGUGUGGACCAAGGAGAACAUGGACUUACCGCUGGAUGUUCAGCAGUGGUGGAUGAUGUUACAGCCCCAGUUCAAGUCCCACAACCUUAAUGAAGUCUUGAACAAGCUUUUUCAGAUUGUCCCUGGAGAGAACCCAUACGGCUUCCGAGACUCCCAGAAGUGCCGACGUUGCGCCGUGGUGGGCAACUCUGGCAACUUGAGAGGCUCUGGCUACGGCAGGGAAAUCAAUGGCCAUGACUUCAUCAUGAGAAUGAACCAGGCCCCCACGGUGGGCUUUGAAGCAGAUGUUGGGAGCAGGACAACACAUCACUUCAUGUACCCAGAGAGCGCCAAAAACUUGCCAGCCAAUGUCAGCUUUGUUCUCGUGCCCUUCAAAGCUCUGGACCUGCUGUGGAUUGCAAGUGCCCUGUCGACGGGCCAGAUCCGAUUCACCUACGCACCUGUGAAGCCCUUCCUUCGGGUGGACAAAGAGAAGGUUCAAAUCUACAAUCCAGCUUUCUUCAAAUACAUCCAUGACCGAUGGACAGAACACCAUGGACGCUACCCGUCCACGGGAAUGCUGGUGCUUUUCUUUGCUUUACACGUUUGCGACGAGGUGAAUGUCUUUGGAUUUGGGGCAGACAGCCGUGGCAACUGGCAUCAUUACUGGGAGAACAAUCGCUAUGCCGGGGAGUUUCGGAAAACUGGUGUGCAUGAUGCCGAUUUUGAGGCCGGUAUCAUUGACAUGCUGGAGAAGACAAACAAGAUUGAUGUCUAUCGCGGCAACUGACCCCACCCCCCCAGGCGACAUCUUCCAGCUUAGCUUUGGGGUUGGCCUUCAGCGGAUGGGCCAGUUGUGAUAGCUUGCUUUCUCGGGGGGGAGGGGUGAGUUGGCUGCCGGAUCUCCUCCUCCCCCCCAGCCCAAUGAGAUGAACCCUGGGUUGUCUGCACCCGAAGAAGAAGACCCCGAGGAGCAAACUGGGAUAUUUUGUUCCUGAAAGCAAUCAUAGUGAGGGAGCUUAUCUUUAAAGAGAAUGAAAAAUGGAAUUUUUCUUUUUCCAAAUCUGAUGGAUUUACAAAUGAAUUGAGUUUUGCAAUCAAGCUGCGAGCUUCCAGCUCUCCCCCCCCCAAAUCAUGAAUUAAAACCAAAUGCUGCACUUUUUUGGUCUUUGAAUGAGGAUAAAAAGCAGGAACACACGAAGCAGCCAAAGAGGCGGGAGAGGAAGAUUAACCAGCUGUCAAUCAGGUUUUUCUCCUCUUUUCCCAAAGUCUCCAAGGGCUGCCAUUCAUUCUCCCUUUGCUGGCAUGCUUGAGCACAGACUAAUCACCAAGAGUGAGGCUUUUCUUUCUUUGGCCUUCUUGGAAGCUUCAACUAGGACUGCUAGAAGAAGCACUUAAAAUCUUGACAGACUUUUUUUUUUUUUUUAAAAAACACACACACAAUCAGCGUUCCUUUGAUAAAACGACAAUGGCUUCCCACUUUUGCCCAGGGAAUUUCUUUUGUAACAAUCAGGUUUAAAAUACAGAACAGAUUUGAUCAUAUCUGUGGUUAACAGUCGUGUGAACUUUCAGAAGAAACUUGCUUGCAAGAGUCAAGUAUUCUGCUCAUGGGAAGACUUUUUAUUUGGCUGUAGGGGAGAGAUGGGAGCGGAAGGACUCUGUCCUGGAUGAGCUGAGUGGCCAUAUGCGGGUAGCAAAGCUGGCCACCGGCAAUGAGGAAGAAGAGGGUGUCCAGCCUGGGACUGAAGAGGACACCACGCCAAAGGCACUGAAAUUGGUAGAUCCUGUGACUUUUGAACCCUUCUUCCAUUCCCACCCACUUUCAAGAUUGCCACCUUUCUGGGUUUGAGCGAGUGGGGGAUCCUUCUGUCUUGGCAAAUAAUUUCUUUGUGUUUAACCCAUAAUCAAAGCAGGGUUUAUUUUCCUCCUCUACCUCUACCUUCUUUUGCCCUGCGCUUUUGCUCAGAUUGUCCCUGGGCUGGUGAUAGGCAUGUAAUAAGGAAGGUGGGCUGGAGUAAGCUGCCUUCCAGUCGCUCAAAAGCCCCAAUUUGUGCCCAGCUGAAGAGCUAAUUCCCUCCUCAGAGACUUCGUGCAGUGGCGUGUCGGCUGAUAGGCACUAGCGAUUCUUCUUUGAACCACGUCAUGGCAUUUCUAUUUUGGCCCCUUCUUCCCUUUGCAUCGACAGCAGUCUCCAGCUCAUCUGCAUUUAUUUGGGGGGAGGGGGAGAUGAAUUUGUGGGUGAAGCUCCUUAUUUUCUACCCAGAGAAGAAAAGAGAGGAACACAGUUUGACUUAAGAAUGGGGGGAGGGCUUUGCUGUCCAGUGUGGACACAUGGUGGAACCCGAAAAAUAGAAAAAGGUUGGGUUAGGUGUGCUCUCUUCUUCCAGUUGCUGUUUUGUUUUUGUUUUUAAUUGAAGGGUAAGAGCCUGAAGAAUUCAAUGAAUCUUUUGAAGUGCAAUCAUGCCAAACAGUAUUAAAUAAGUAUUCCUUUUGUAAGAAAUGUAGCUGAAUUGAGAAGGCCUGGAGAAGCACAUCAUUGAUCCAGGAGGAAGCCCAUUGGCUUCCUGUUCCAAUAGGGACUCAAACCUCCUUUUUAAGAGUGUGUGUGCUAACCUUAUCCCCAAUUUUUAUCUUAGACCUCAUAUUUUGGGGCUUCUUUGGCAGCACUGAACUCUUCAGAGAUUAGGACCAUCCUGGUGGUUGGGCAAAGUCCUCCCACCUUGUUUUUUGGCCUCACCAUUAAGGCCAGAGCAAGAUGAUCCAGAUCUGUAAGAAUGUUUAAUUUUAAUGGAAAAAAAUGGAAAUAUUCUGCUAAUGCCUUUAAGGCAGUCUUGCAAAAAGGUUGCCAAGAAGCCAUCUGGGGAGGUUCAAGGUUGACCAGAGUAACCUUCCAGGCGGUCACACUGACACCCGGCAUCUCAGUUGCAGCUUCUUGUUGUAUUUACAGAACAACCAAGCCCUUCCUCGAGUUGCAUGAACAGGAAUGUUCUCAUGCUUCCUUUCCAUAAAUCAGGCAAAGAGACAGGCGCCUCUUUUCCUUACCUUUUUUUGCCAAUAAAUUUCCAAAAUGGGCUGUUUUGGGGCGUGGUAGGUGUUCAGGGGGCAAGCCAAUCCCAAGCAACAAAGAGUGCCUUGACUUGCGCUGUCUGCUACAUUCAGUUCUUGCACCGGACCUCGGAGUUGUUUGCUGCACAGGUGUCUCUGUGAGUUCCCCACACAUACACACACCUUGACUAUUUCGGCAGCUGCUCCUUUCUUGUUUUCUAUGUUGGGGGCAUUGGGGGUUUCUCUUUGUAAACGCAGGAGGUACUUGGGGUUGGCUGGCCAAGGUCUCCUGUACUGCCUUGUGAUAGUUUUAAGUUUACAGUCCUCAGAAGGAGAGAGGAGCUUCUGUUAAGCAGUCCCUGCCUGGCUUCUCAAUAGCAGAAGGGACAGGACAGUCAGGGAGUGAGCCACAGGAGACGUUCCAGACCAUUCAGUGUUGAGGCCAUGUGCACAGCGCAAGAUUCUCAUCUCUCGGUGUCUCCUGGAGCUGAAAACUCCCCCCCCCAUCUGCUCUCUUAUGCAAACGGUUUGUAAUUUCUCCUGUUGCACAGAGAGCCAGGCUCUGCCCUGCCACUUAAUCCUUGCUUGGAGCAUGCAGAAACAAAGGGCCGGUGGAGACAAGAUUGUGGGGAACGGGUGGGCGUAUUCACAAUAACUGCUGGAUUGUACUUGAGGAAACUUGUCUGCAGAGGCAACAGGCAAGAAUUGUGUAGGGGAGUUGAUUUGCUCCCCACCCCGUUCCAACACAGAGAAGAACCUGGAUUGCCAAGAAGAGAGCAUAAAAGGCUAGGGAGUCCUGUGGGCAUGCUUAGUUUGAUGUACCUGAGUGGUGCUUGGAAUCCCCCUGAACUAGUGUGGAGAGGUGAGGGGGUGGGGUGGGGACAAGCACAGCAUAGCAACCUCACCUGGGUGCUUUGAAGAGCAGGGAAGGCGGGGAAGUUAACUCUUCCAUCUCGUGCUUAUUGUCUCGAUGGGAAUUCCCUCCUAUUUGUAUCACUUCAUGGGGAGAGGGAGGCAAUAUACCCUUUUCCCCUCUGUGAAGCUGAUUGCACCUUGGAGCCAGACUUACAUCGACACAACAGCAUGAGCCUUAAAGGCUAACCUCUCUCCCCAACCUUCAAGACAUCCACGUGGGGCUACUCAUUCGUGUUGAGGAUUCCACAAGGAAUCCUAAGUGUGGCUCUCCUAGAUCCCGUCUUGAUUUAGCCAUCAGCUGCUUCCUGCUUACUGUGUGACACUUCCCCCCCCCUGCCACCACCCCUCCUCCCGAGAAAUGACAUGAUCCUGGUGAUGUCUGCACACUCCUGACACGGGGUGGGGGUGGGGUUGUACCACUGGAAACUUAAACUAGGCAACUCCUCCACUAACUGAGUAGGUCUUACCCAGCUUGCUUUGCUUCAGUGUUGUACGGAGAACAUCACUCAUCAGAGAAACAAAACGUAGGACCUAGGGAGGGAUAGCAGAAGGCGAGCUGCAGCCUCAAAGCAUAGCCAACAUGCCUGUAGGUCAGGAUGGAGUUGCAUCCCAGGCAAAGUACUGCAGUGUUUCCUGCCAGGCAAACCCCCACUGAGACCCCUUUUUCUCUUAGCUCUGAUUCUGUCUCCAGUCGGCCAUUCUGCUGGUUACAAGAGUUGUUUAGGACCUGCGGGAUGCGUCCUUCAGCUCUCUUUGGGCCUUGGGGCUGUAGCUAGGAUGAAAGAGCCCCUGGCGCUUGCCGGUAAACCCCAGUAUGGUUUUUCACGGCAAUCCAAAUGGCUGGCUGUGAAUUGAAUUGAGCUUGCCACUGUUGAGAGGUUUGGGUGUGACCAUGGUGUGGCCCAAGAAGAGUGAAGGCAGGCUCAUCUGGAGAGGGUAAUAUCCCGACUAACUGGCACCAGCUCUGGCAUUCUGGAAGAACUCCCUGCUGAAUGGUUGCAGCUGCUGUGUAGGCACCAGACAUUUGGGGUGGGGCGUUUAAAGGCUUUUGGAGCCUUAUAAAACCUGUGCAAGAGCUUGUCUCCCUGCCGCAGCUUGUCUGAAUGAAAGCCUUGCCCGUUGCCACUGCAUCUUGUUACUUCCAUAUUCAAAUCUCUUCUAAAUCAACAGUUUUAUAAGCUAAGGAAACCAUGGCUCCAAACUUUAAAAAAAAUCACUUUUAUUUUCCCUCGUCCUAUUUGCUUACUCUUCAGUACCAAUAUUACAUGCAACUGUGCUGCCUUCCAUUUUUGCAUUUUUUUUAAAGGAAAAAAAAUCACAUUACAGUUGGAAGAGACUGGAUUUAUUUUGUCUUCUGUUGUACAAAAUAAAAAUCUGU